ACAACAAUUGCUGCACGCCGUCGAGAAGUGCAGGGGUUUCAUUCAUAGUGAAAUAUGGCACAAGCUCGGGUUACCGAUUAUUUUGCACAGAGUAAGACAAAUGGCGUUGCUCGAUCUUUACGUUGCAAGGGACAGAAAGUGCCCGUGGACGUUGUGGAGUCAUCGGUGAUUACCAAACCGAAGACAUCGAGACGCUCUUUACGUACAACGACGCAAUCGGAACCGCAAAAACAUGUUCAGCAGGAGUUUCUCAAAGUGAUCGACGAGGCUUUAUCGGUAGAUACCGUGACAGACCUGCGAGAUGUGAGAAUUGAGGGACCUACGGCGAGUCCCCGCACUCCUAAACGGAGCUGUCCGGAGUUUGAUGUGUGCUCGGUGGUCCCGUCCACAGCCGAACUACACAGCAGCGCCAAGAAGCGUCAGCGGCUUCAAGCGGGUCAGAACUCCAAAACAUCCCCAGAGGAACACGCAGGCCGGAAGAGCGCCAGAAAGAAGCUCGAUCUCUUGAAAAAUGACGACAAAGUGCAGAGCAUCGACCCUUUGGCCAACACCACUCCACAGGUGCCUCAACCAACUGCCAGCAAAGAAGGCAAAAAUACCGUUAAUCAUAAUGCAAAUGGCUCCCCUGUAAGCAAGGUGAGUGCUGAUGAGCUGCCCAAGCGGACAACCAGGAGCAAGAAAACAUUUUCGAGAGAAGAUGUGGCGGCAUUGAAGUCCAAGCUGCAGAGACUGAAAGGGCAGUCUGAAAAUGUGACGUCUCCCUCAACGGCCCCUGUGUCUGCGCUAGUGGAGCUGAAAGCCAGACUCGAUGCCACCCGGGAUAUCUCCGCAAAGGUUCAGCAGAGGAAGACCGAGCGAGUUGCCAGGGAUGCUAAAGCUACUCCGGCACAGGCUAAAGAACAAGAGGAAAGAGAGAAGCUCCCAUCAUAUCAGCGUUACCACACUUUAGCUCAGGAUGUGCCGCCUGGUCUCACGCUGCCCUAUAAAUACAAAGUUCUGGCUGAGAUGUUCCGCAGCAUGGAGACGAUUGUGGGCAUGCUCUUCAACCGCUCCGAGACAGUCACUUUUGCAAAGGUCAAGCAAGGCGUCCAGGAUAUGAUGCACAAGCGUUUUGAAGAAAGUCACCUGGGACAGAUUAAGACUGUGUACCCAUCAGCCUAUACUUUCCGCCAGGAGAGAAACAUUCCAUGUUUUAGUGCCACUGCGAAGAGAUCUAGAUACCAGCUCACAGUAGAGCCCAUCAUUGACGAAGAGUUUAAUGGUACUCGGCCAGUGUUGCCAGCAUCUCAUCUUUUGGAAAGAAGGCAAGUAUUUCACCAAAACCUGGUUGAAAUCGUGAAGGGACACCAUAAGGUGUUCUUGGCUUCCCUCAACCCUCCUAUUGUUGUCCCUGAUGACAAACUGACCCGCUGGCAUCCCAGAUUCAUUAUAGAUGAAGUUCCCAAUAUCAAGCCCAGUGAUUUACCUCAGCCACCUCAAACGGAGAAACUGACCUCCGCUCAGGAAGUUCUGGACAAGGCUCGUGCUCUCAUGACACCCAAGAUGGAAAAGGCCUUGGCUAACAUGGCGUUGAAAACGGCAGAGAAUGCGUGUGCAAAGGAGCCGGAGUCUGCAGAGAAAACCGUUGUGACCCCAACAGAAACCCCCAGUGCUCUUAAAGGGGUUUCACAGACUCUGCUAGAGAGGAUCCGUGCUAAAGAGGCUCAGAAGCUGCACUCUGCCCUGACCCGGAACCCACAGCAGGAGCAGCGUCUGGCGAUGAUGUCACGGCUCACAGAGAUGGCCAGAAUCCUGAGAAAUGUGUUUGUAGCAGAGAAGAAGCCAGCGUUAAUCAUGCAGCUCGCCUGCAACCGCAUGAUCGACAGCUACCGUUCCCCACUCAUCAAUGAUGAAAUGGAGAAACAUCUCCAUCUGCUGGCUGAGUUGACACCCGAGUGGCUAACAAUACAUCCAAUCAGGAAGGACCUUUACCUAAAACUGAACAAGGCGAUGGAUUUGAACGUAGUGCUGGACAAACUGAACCAGAAGAUCAAAGCAGAGAAGUGACAACAUUCACAGGAGA